AUGCGAAGCUUGUUUUUCAUCACGAUUCUGAGCAGCUUAGCCACGGGGUUUGGGCUGCCCAACUUUCCCGUAAAGGGUCAUGAAUGGAUUCCAGCAGGGCCGAAAGAUAGUCGAUCUCCUUGCCCCGGCCUGAAUGUCCUUGCCAACCACGGCUACCUUCCACGCUCAGGGAAGAAUAUUGAUUUGCCAACGCUCCACAGCGCUUUCGAAGAUGCAUACAACUACGCUCCUGGCACUUUUGAUGAUGUCUUUGGGCUAGUUCAAACUUUCAAGCUCACGACCACGGGAAACAUUUCGACGUUCAAUCUCGCCGAUCUAGCAAAGCAUGAUUACAUCGAAUUUGAUGGAUCGUUAUCGCGAAAUGACUUCUACUUUGGAGAUAACUUGCACUUUGAUCCCAAGAUUUGGGCAACCAUGGCCAAACGGAUGGCUUUGAACGAGGUCACGCGUGACCCAAUGUCCAAGUAUGUCACUGUGGAAUCAGCGGCCAAAGCAAGGGCUGCGCGCGUUGCAGACGCGAUGAAGGUCAACCCGACCUUCAAUGCCUCAUCAACCGAGAUGAUGGGCAGCCCCGGAACGACGGCUCUAUGGUUAACCACAUUGUGGGACGAUUCUGUAGGAGCUGCCCCCAAGGAAUGGGUCAAGUCAUUCUUUGAAUGGGAGCGUCUCCCUUAUACUAAGCCUAAAAAGCAGAAGACUGGUGAAGAUAUUGGCAACAUGUUGGCAAAGGUUCAAGCCGUGAAAGUCUAA